AUGGAGCCAACUUCGGGCAGCGGCAGAAACAGCCCUCACUCGUCCGAAAAGUACCACGUCGACCAUGUCGAAGCUCACAACGUUGGUCACGAAGACGUGGUCACAGCUGCCGAGCGUGGCCACGCUGCGACAGACGAACAUGGCCAUGUUCUCGUGGAUCUUGAUCCCGCAGCAGAGAAGCGUCUCUUGCGCAAGAUUGACCUUUACGUUGUCCCGACGGUGGCCAUGAUUUACUUGUGGUGUUUUAUCGACCGCGCAAACAUUGGCAAUGCUCGUAUUGCCGGCAUGGAAAAAACACUGGGGCUUGUCGGCUACCAGUACAACACGCUCUUGACCGCCUUUUAUGUCAGCAAUAUCCUCUGCAAGCAUGUUGGGCCAUCAAAGUGGAUCCCCUUUAUUAGCUUUGGCUUUGGCCUCAUGUCCAUGGCCACCGCCUUUGUUAGAAACUAUGGCGGUGCCAUCGCCGUUCGUUUCCUGCUUGGCGUCUUUGAGGCGGGAGUCCUGCCUGGCAUUGCCUACUACCUGUCCCGCUGGUACCGCAAGCAAGAGCUCAUCUUCCGUCUUGCGCUCUACCUAUGCACUGCUCCCCUCGCCGGUGCAUUUGGAGGACUCCUCAGCGCCGGGAUCCUCAAAAUUGGCUCCAUUGGUUCGGUCAAGGGCUGGGAGAUGCUCUUCUUGGUCGAAGGAAUUAUUACAAUGGGUGUGUCCUUUAUUGCUUUCUUCACCAUGCCCGAUCACCCAUCCACCGCACGCUGGCUCAACGCAGAGGAGAAAGCCUUGGCCAUUGCGCGCAUCAAGUCGGAGAAUGUCGCCACCACUGAAGUCACGGACAAGCUCGACAAGGUCAAGCUGAAGCGGGGCAUCUUCAACCCGAACACGCUGGUCGUCUCUUGGACCUUCCUGUUCGUGAACAUUACUGUGCAGGGAAUUGCGUUCUUCACGCCUACCAUUAUUUCCACCAUCUAUCCCCAUUAUUCGACUAUUCGCAAGCAGCUUUACACAGUGCCACCAUACCUCGUUGGCGUCGUGUUCAACCUACUCAUCCCCUUCCUGUCUUGGAAGAUGAACCGCCGUCUGGUGUUUUUCAUUGCCAGUGCAGUCCUCCCCAUCGUUGGAUACACCAUCUUCAUCGCAACCACAAACCCGCACGCACGUUAUGGAGCAGUGUUCAUUGCCAUCUCCGGCGCGUUCCCCUUUGGCCCCCUGUGUAACGCUCAAGUCGCCAUCAACGUGUUGUCCGACAAUGCCCGCAGUACCGCCAUUGGCUGGAACGUCAUGAUUGGCAACUUGGGAGGACUUAUUAGCACUUGGUCUUACAUGCCGGCUGAUGGACCAAACUACCACAUUGGAAAUGGUCUUAACCUGGCCGGUAACUGUACCAUCCUUAUCACUUCGGCACUUCUCCUUCUUUGGCUGCAGCGCGACAAUCGCCACCGCGAGCAAGUCGAAGACGAGAAGACCGCCGAGCUCGCCAACCUGUCCGAGAAGGAAAUCCAGGAGCUUGACUGGAAGCACCCGGCGUGGCGUUGGCGGACCUAG